AUGCUUAACGCUGACUUUGAAGAAACCGUAAUUCCCAGAUUAUUACAUGUAGCUGGUAGAUAUCUAUCUACAUGUAUGUUCAAGCUGAAGUCCCCUCAUUUCUCACCUCUUGCGCGCUUAUUGAUGGAAUUCGGAAAGAUACAUGUACCCUACAAUACGCUUGCAUACAUGGAUUUACAUGUACCCUAUCUCGGGAGGGCCAAUACGGCCGAGCCUCUCGCCACGGCCAACUGGCGGCCUUUGACUCUUCGCACUCCAUUCUUGUGCACCUUCAUCACCAUAUGCAUUAUCUUGCUCAUGCUGGUCGAGCUCACGAUCAAAUCUUGUCUACCGCCCCAGGGGUGUCCAAUAAUUGGAGAGCCCUCCCCCACGAUGAUAUCAAACACUGCGGCUUUCGUGUACAACUAUCUUCCCCCAGCAAUCACCAUCACCCUUGGGCUUCUAUGGGCUACUGUCCACCAUGACUACAUGCGUAUGGAGCCAUGGUUCCAGUUGAGCAAGGAAGAGGGUGCAACGGCGGAACAGUCUUUAUGGCUCAAGUACCCAUACACAUUUCCUCCGUUUGUAGCCAUCAAGGCUGGCAAGGCACGGCACUACACGGUCAUGAUUUCUUCAAUCGCCUCCCUAUGUAUUUCGAUGUUUCUCACGCCAGUGACCUCUGGAAUUCUCGAAGAAUCACCCCUACACAAGCAUGUUACCCGUGAGGCGAACUAUUCCUAUCUUCCAUGGUUGGAGCCACAGAUGGCCAGUAAUGAGAAACUACCGUUGGGUUAUGUAUACAUUGCGUACGCAUACUCCUGGCUCAAUGGCUCGUUACCCCCAUUCACCACUGCCGAUUAUGCGGUUGCUCCCUUCACGAUUAAGGGCAACAGAACGUCAUAUGGGCAGAACGAGACCUGGACCGGCGAGACCUUCAUCUACGAGGCCGAUAUUGAUGUGGACGGCACUUUUGACUACGGGCGGGAUAUGUACUUCGCCAGCUUGCGCGAGUCUUGGAUCUGGACCUAUGGUGUUCAAUUAGCCAACAACCAAUUACCCAACAACCCGUCCUUAACCAAGCGGGAGUGGAUAUUCUCCUGGGGAUCAAGGGAUGAUCCAGGCGGAAACUACAGCGCAACCAUCUGUUCGCCAAAAAUUCACAUGGAACGUGUGAACGCCACAGUCCGUAUGCCUUCCGGAAAGGUGGAAUCUAUAUUGAGACUUCCGGAGCCGUAUAGAGCCGCUACACGGACUGAUAUCCAAAGCUCGCCCUGGCUUGAUGCCUUGUUUCUGAACAUGAGCAUGGAUGAGGCUAUCCAGGAUGUAGAGGAGAUGAAUAGACCGUACGGAGCCCUUCCGAUCUUAUUUCCGAGCGGAGAGUACCAAUCGGACCGGCACUUUGGGUAUAGCAAGGGUAAAAAAACGGCAGAAAACUUCGACCCCUUUGUCAGUACGAUUGAUUUUGGUGAUCAUGUCGGCUUCCUGGGGCUUUCUUUGAGCGACCAACGCAACGAUACACUGCCGGAUCUGCUUCAAUGGGAGAAUCUCGCGGAAAGGAGUCGGAAGAUCUUCAAGGUCAUAUUUAGCACUAUGUGUGCCGACAAACGCUUGAGUAAUCAUAAGGAGGAAGCACCAACAACGGUGUUGAGUCGUUUUAUAGUACGAGGAUAUCAAGUGAACGUUGCUUGGGGUAGAGCGGCACAGGGCGCUCUCUCGUUCGUAAUAUUCUCCGUACUCAUCCUCCUUCCCUUGGGCUGGAAUCGGAAAUGUUGCCUGGAUGGAGAGCCAAAUGCUUUAGCAGCAAAUCUGGCCUUACUGGAGAGAAGUCCAAAAAUCGUGGAGCAGUUCCAGCACGGAGAGUACCACUCCCCGAAAAGCUUGAAAAGCAAGCUCCUAGGAAACGGAAGCAUUUAUCAUCUGCGUCACACAGAGGGGGAGGGCCCCCGGAUUGAUGUGGAUACUGUGGUACAGUUAGCAUCACCAGCGGAACAGGACAAGCCUUACAGAAUGCGCGAAGUCUGGCCCACGAGUGGGGUCUCUGGGCUUAGCUUCGAAUUCGUUUUCCUAAUCAUAACUGCUCUUCUGAUUUCCAUCUAUGCUUAUGAUUGUAAGCACAAUGGAAUCCCCACAAUCUAUGCUCUCAACUCUCUCAACUAUAAGAUCCUCUUUUCCUACCUUCCGACCGUCCUAGGUCUUGUCAUGGAACCCUUUCUCGUAACGCUUGGGAGCUAUCAUUGCAUGUUUGGCCCAUACAAGAUGCUUCGUCGAGGAGCUAAUAGCCGUCGGACGCUCUGUCUUGAUUUUGACAAGUCACCACCCCACUUCCAAAUACUUCGCUCCCUCAGGUCCAGGAACUUCACCCUGGCUGCCCUAUGUUUCGCAAUUCUUCUCUCAAACGUUUUUGGAAGCGCUUUGAGCGGCAUGUUCUCUUCCAGUAUAGCGUAUACCACCUACAAUCUGCAAGGAAAGUCGUAUGGAACACCCAUCCUUCUCGAGGGCUUUGCCGCACAGGAGUUCGAGAUGUACUCUAGAAUUUCCACCGAGCUGAUGAGCGGGCUCUCUAUUCCAAGUUGGACAACUUCGGAGUACUAUUUACUACCAGUGAGCCUUGACCUCCCGGCGACGGCAACCAAUAUAUCUAUACCCACGUUAGGACUCGGAGCAUCUGUUUCCUGCACACUCAUUCCGGAUUUCAUGGUAACGCGUCAAUGCAUGCAACCCGCUCCAGAAGAAAACCCCAGUAGCGAAACGUGGGUACUCGUAGGACAGCCGCCCUGCAAUAAGAGUGAAAGUUCGGAGUUGUGGAAAUACGAAAGCCAGGACUCUUGCUGGCCACAGGAGCGGCCAAAAGGGGAUGAAUAUCAGAGCAUAUUCAAGUCCCCUACAUGCGCAGACACGUACUUCGUUUUCUGGAGGGAAAAGGAGGGAGAUGGAAACGUUGCGAUGCGCUGCAAGAUUACUGAGAGAGUUGCGGAAAUGGUUGUGACGGUUGAUUCGAAGGGCCUGGUUCUUGGGACUAAGGAAGUUGCCCAAUUCACCCAAAGAGAGAUCGCCGCGCUUUACGCAGAAGAAAGUCGAUAUGUCCCAUCCCGCCGCAUACUGCCAAAAUUACUCAACCCAAUCACUGGCCCUACCAGCUCCAGUGCUGGAGGAGUAAGCAAUUCAUGGAUCAACUAUCUCAUGAGCACGAAUUACCCAUCACUAAGCAAUAAUACUGACACCGGAUACUUCAAUCUUCCAGACAAAGCCUACGUCGUUGAAGCCUUCGAGGCUGUUUUCAAACAAAUCUACUCUAUGAACAUCUGUUACCAAGCGUCCGAUAUGAUCUCUGUUGCGCCAGGUUCACCUCGAGAUGUCACUGCAACGGUCACUGCCGUUCGCGAUGUUGUCACGGUCAGCACAAUCAUGUUUGGCCUUGCCAUCGGUAUACUACUCUAUACGAUUUUCCUCCUCCCAGUCAUCUACCGGAGACAUUCGUCGGCUAUGCUUCCGCAUCUGCCCGUGAACUUGGCGCAGACAUGGACAGCGCUCUACAGAAGCGAGGCGAAAUUUGAAUGCGGCAUGGUUCGAGGGAGUAACCCUAAGGAGCGAGCAAGACAACUAGGAGAACUAGGGCACAUCUAUGAAUAUGGAACCUUUACCGAUGCUGACGGUAAAGCGUCGUAUGGUGUCUUCUGUAAACGCAAAGACGAGAGUGAUUGA